GUUGCGACCCUUCCGAAGACCUUGCCAACCGGCGCCAAGGCAAGAUUAUGUAGCCCUAACCCACCUCGUCCUCACGUCUUCAGUAGUUGUUCCAUCCACUCACCACCACCCUCCUUGAUCUGUUUUGCUCUCCGCUCCGCUCCCUCCCCCCUUCGCGGAGGUCGCAGUCAUGUCGACCUCCUUCCUCCCCUUUCCCUCUCGCUUUUUCUCCCGCAAGUCUCGCUCCAAACGCACCAAGACGGCACCCGAGCCGCUCAAGCAGCCUGUCGUCGUCUUGUCCCCGGCUCCACUCCAACCGCUGCGGCCCUCUCCUCCUCCACGCUCGCAGGGGUACCCCGGGUCUAGAACCCCAAGUCCGAGCCUCCGCUCGGCCCACACCACCGAGUAUGCCCCUCAGCGCUACCCCGACGCCUACCUGCCUCGCAAAAUCCCCUCGUUGAACGAGUUAUCACGCAGUGCGCCACGCUCCCAGCCGCCCCAACAGGCGAGGCAUGCUCUCAAGGCACCCGAUGGUCCGAGAUAUGCCCCUCGGCACACCGCGCAUGCCGCGCCCAUGCACACGCAGCAGAGGGAGGACGCGUGGCGCGGCAGAAGAUUCUCUGAGCAAGUUCAGCAGGCUCAACCUAACAUGCCGCUCACGCGUUCGACGUCAGUUAACGGACACGGGUGCACCCUUGAGCCGCCCUGGCAAGGUGGUCUCGCAUCAUCUAUCCAAGAGGAGUCGGACUCCGAGGGCGAAGCUGAAGGACCCCUGGGGCCUCUGGAGGUCCUUGAGGCCUUCUUCAAUGAGGAGCCUUUGCCCGACUGCAUAGUGCUGCCGCCACCAACGGAGUGGGACAACUACGUCGCUCCUGCGCCCAACGGCAGUCAGGCCGGGCAUACCCAUAUCGAUUACACGCAACCUCCGCCGAGCGGUAGCCAGGCCGGCCACACGAACUCCGACUUUACGCAGCCUCUUCCCCCAAAUGGGAGCCAGAUUGGACAUACGAGCGGUACUGUCGCGCGAUCUCCGCCGACUGGGAGCCAGCUCGGGCAUGCGAACGGAAGUUACGCACCACCCCCGCAACACAACAGUCAAGUUGGGCAUUCCAACGGCGGUCGCGCGCAGCCCCCGCGGAAUGGGAGUCAAAUCGGCCACACCUCCCCUUCGAACAGACUACAGCGCCGCCCCCUCUCUCCACCGGCCCCUGCACAGGCAGCAGCGUUGCCCCCACCUCCCCCGCCGCCCAGUUCCCCACCACCUCCUCCUCCCGGUGCGCCCAGGACCACCUCACGCUCCCGCACCCCGCAGCUUUUAGAUAGACCUCCGCCCACAACGCCGCCUAGACGCCCCUCGCCAUCGAGUGUCGAACCAAAACCUGCUCCCGUCGCCUCUCCUCCGAACCCGGGCAAGUCGUCCUUCUCCAUGCCGCGGUUACGACGAAACUCAAGCCGCAGGCGGGAGUCGCCGGAACGGCCUCUCAGCCCGCCGCACGGUGACAUGUCAGCCGCGAGGAGGCGCAGAGCUAACGCCAGCGUCCCCUACGGCCAGAGACCUCUCCCUCCCACUCCGCCUGAGCGCGGAGACUCACUCCGCAACCGCCUCAUGAGCCGGCGCCGCCGCUCGGGCGAGCCGCCGCAGCGAGACGGUAUCCAGGAGGAGGAGGUGGCCAUCGCGCAGGUUGUGCCGGAGGCGGAGAUGGAACCUCCGCUCAAGCAGCUGGGCGAGGCCCUCUCCCUUUCCCCUGCGCCCCGACCGUUGUCGCUCGGCGCGUACAUCAUCCCACCCGAAGAACGGGCGGCGAUCGGGCACACCAGACGUGGUUCCACGUCCUCUGUCUCAUCCGCCGGCGACUCGACGUAUUUAUUCCCGUACACCAACCCACUACAUGCUCCACAACCUCAGCCGCAGCCAAUGCCCACAAGCCCCUUCAGACUCACUUUCAGCCCACCAACAGGUCUCCAACCGCCGCCACGACCCCGCUCGUCCAUGGUCUCCACUCGCUCAGCCGCCAGCUCCAACUCCCACCUGUUUCCACAACACUCCGUCCUCAAGUCCUCCGCCCUCCGCAGAUCCCCUGUCCUGCAAGACGAUAUGAUAGCGCACUGGUAAUAGUUGAUGUCCAAUAUACAUACGGUCCUUGUCAUAGCUACAUAGUGUAUCACUUCUUGCCUGGGCGUGCGCGCUUGACGCGUGGCGUGUCGCCUUUCGUCGUUGUGGCGGCAACGCGGGUGCGCGUAGCCGGCUGCCGCGGAGCAGUUGCACGCUUCGCUGGACCGGAUGCGGUCGCAGCCUUCGAACCUUUAGCCUUGCGAGGCGUGUU